CUUGUGAGGUGAGAAAGGAGAGGAAAUAAUCAGAGGGUGUUUGGGAUUACUUUUCAAAGCUUGGUGUUGCUGGGAAAUUUCCUACUCAGAUCGAUCCCAGCUGAAAGAACAAAUUACGGAAGAAACUCUACGGGAAUUGAAGUGUAAGCGGUGAUUUGAUUGCAAAGUAAAAUCUUAAAGGAAGUCUGCUAAAAUCCGCCGUCGCUGGGAAUUUGAGGUAGUGGAAACUCACAUCUCAGUUAUAUUUCAUUUCGUUGAAGUACUCAAACUGCAUAUCAAUGGCAUCUUCAUCGUCCUCUUCUCCUUCCGCUAUGGGCUUUUCUUCUCAGUUGUGGAAGUAUGAUGUUUUUCUUAGCUUCAGAGGAGAAGAUACUCGCAAGAAUUUUGUAGAUCAUCUCUAUACAGCUCUUGUACAACAAGGGAUCUACACGUACAAGGACGAUGAGACACUUCCUUGGGGCGAACCAAUUAGUCCAUCUCUUAUGACGGCUAUCGAAGAAUCACAGAUUGCCAUCGUUGUAUUCUCUAAAAACUAUGCAGAUUCUUCAUGGUGCUUAGAUGAACUUGCAUAUAUUAUGAAAUGCAAGGAUACAAGAGGCCAAAUCGUGAUGCCCGUAUUUUAUGACGUUGAUCCUUCCGAAGUUCGAAAACAAAAACGCAAAUACGGAGAAGCAUUUGUGAAACAUGAGUUGGAGAACAAGGCCAAGGUUGAAUCUUGGAGAAAAGCACUUGUGGAUGCAGCUAACAUUUCUGGAGGGGAAAUCGGGCACAUUGCCAACGCGCACGAGUCAAAAUGUAUCAAAAAAAUUGUUGACACAAUUUCACAUAGGUUGUAUCCGGUAACUCCGAGUGUGGAUGAUAACCUGGUUGGAGUAGAGGCUCGCAUGCAAGAUUUGAUAUCAAAGUUACAAAUUGGGUUUGGUGGUAAGAGAAUGAUUGGAAUAUGGGGAGUUGGGGGUGGUGGUAAGACUACUAUUGCCUCUUGUAUUUAUGAUGAAAUUUCUAAAAUUCUUUGUGGUGUUUUGAGACAAAAGCAAGUGCAGGUAAGGAGAGUUGAAGAGGGAAGGCGCAUGAUAAAGGAUAGGUUACACCAUAGAAAAGUCUUGAUUGUCCUUGAUGAUGUUGACAACCUUGAGCACCUAGAAGAGUUAGUUGGAUCACAUGAUUGGUUUGGUGAAGGAAGCAGAAUAAUAAUCACAACUAGAGAUGAACAUAUCUUAACUGGACACAAAGUAGAUGUGAUACACAACAUUAGCUUGUUAAACAAUGAUGAGUCUAUGAAGCUAUUUUGCAAGCAUGCACCACGGGGUUACAAACAUGUAGAAGAUUACGAGCUUCUUUCAAAAAAAGUUGUUGCUUAUGCUGGUGGGCUUCCAUUAGCACUUAGAGUUCUGGGUCGUUUUCUAUGCGACAAAGAUAUGAAUGAGUGGAGGAGUGCCUUGGCUAGAUUGAAAGAAAUCCCAGAUGCUAAUAUUUUGGAAAAACUAAAAAUCAGCUUUGAUGGACUUAAGACUGUGGAGAAACAAUUGUUCCUUGAUAUUGCAUGUUUCUUCAGAGGGUGUUAUAAAAAUGAACAGAAUAUGAUGAUACUUGAUGCUUGUGGUUAUCACCCUGUUAUAGGCAUAAAGGUGUUGGUACAAAAGGCUCUCAUAACUAUUUCUGAGAAUGGAACAUUUGAUAUGCAUGAUUUGGUACAAGAGUUGGCACACUAUAUUGUUAGAGGGGAACACCCUAAGAAUCCUGAAAAACAUAGUAGACUUUGGAAGAAGAAAGAUGUUCUAAAAAUAUGUGCUAUGGAUGCAACGCCGAACCUUGACAAGAUUGAAGCUAUGUAUGUUGCGUUAUCUAGGAGAGAGGAAUCACAACACGUUCUCCAGGUCGCUGCAAAUAUGAAGAAACUUCGGUGUAUUGAAUUGGUCUUUCAUCUGGAAGCUGAAUUGGUUAUAAUACCAGAAAGUUUUCCACCAAGGGAGCUUUGUUGUCUAUCAUUGAGUUUUCUCAAAGCAAAACAACUUUGGGAGGGUUACAAGUUUCUACCAAACUUGAGAAUGAUCAAACUGUAUUACUUGAUGAACCUGAUGAAGACACCUGAUUUUGAUGGGAUUCCGAACCUUGAAAGAUUCAUAGUUGAAGGAUCUUCUUUAUUAGAAGAGAUUCAUCCAUCAUUUGGACGUUUGGAAAAGCUUGUUUAUGUCCAGAUACAACGUUGCGAAAAUCUUAAGAUGGUUCCACCCAUUACCCGGUCCAAGAAACUCAAGACCUUUGUACUCUCAGGGUGCAGUGGAUUGGCUUAUAGUCAUUCAAAGAUCCAACAAAAUAUGGAGAAUUUUGUACCUCACAACAUGAACACCAUACGGAUGUGUUUUUUUAGUGGAUGCUUAAGAAAGCUGGAUCUCUCGCUGUGCAAUUUGGGAGAUGGAGACAUCAGACCUGCUGCUGUUUGGGAGUUACCCAACUUGCAACAUCUCAAUCUUGAAGGAAAUAGAUUUGUACGGUUGAAUUUUAGCCUCUUGCGAGUUCCUCGGCUCCGAUAUCUCAACAUAUCAAAAUGCUAUAACCUUGUAGAACUGCCAGAGCUGCCAUCAAGUAUUGCUGUUGUUAUAGCUGAUGGUUGUUUCUCACUUAAAAGGUUUGGAGACAUUUCAAACUGUAAAUGGUUGUGGAAAGUCACUCUUACUGGGAACCACAAACUUGAUCCACCUGUUUGUGACAAGUUACUAAACUCCAUGCUCCAGGGAAACGCCAAAGAUUACUUUAUCAGUAUCAGCCUUUCAGGCAUUGACAUUUGGAGUGGGCCAUCUGUAGUUUGGAUCGACUGGGUGAAGACUUAUAAUAUGCGGCUUCCACAUGAUUGGUGCAAUCACUUUUCUGGGAUUCUGAUGUUUGUCAGAUGUGGUGACCUUUAUCUGGACAUUAAUAUAAGUAUCAAGCAGGGCGGCUUAGACGAAGAUUUUCAAUCUCAGAUUUGGCAGGAGUCUGAUGAAACACCUGAUACUCAUUCUCAGGAGACAUUUGUAGGUUAUGUUUCCUUUAGUUCAUUGAGGCACAUCGGAUGCUUGAAUUCAAUAUACAAUGUCAUUUCGUUUUCUUUUGGUGCUGAGGAUUUGUAUGGAAAUGGGAAUAGGUUUAGGGCUGUCCUUGUUCCUAAAGAUGAUCCGAUGCAAACAACAAAAGUUGCAACAGAUUGCUUAGAUUUUUGGGAUGAGAAAGAUGAUUCCGAUAAGACAUUUAAGAUCCGACAUGAUUCAAACUCCUCUAUCAAAAUUUUAUGGCGUCCUUGGGUGGGUCUGACAAACCCAUCCUAUGGGUCUAUUGAAUCUUUGCUGUUUCCUAGUUUUCGCCCUCAAACUGUUCUUGCGCAUUAUUAUUGGUAGUAACAUUUACUUCCUUAAAUUUGUUGAUGUCAAUUAAUGUCUAUGCUGCGU